AUGCGUCGGCCGGCACCACCUCCAACCGGCGACGUGCUUGACCUGGACUAUGGCAGCGCCGACGGAACGCCACUGGAAAGCAGUCAAGGGGAUGUGACGAAUGAAACGAACGACCACGCACCAGGUGCAGAUGAAGUCAAAUCUUCACACGCUUUGACCCACGCCAAGCCAGACGAGCUUGUUCGAAGCACCCGCAAGCUUCCUGCAGCUUACGACACCGACGAUGCGGAUCCCGCAUGCUCGACGGGGCCGCCGAGCUUGGGCCCCUUUUCUACAGCCGCCAUCUCAGAAGGCUUUCAAGUGCCAGAGCAUAAUCAGGAUGCCAACGCUGCUGCGGGGCCAUCUUCUGCAAGGCUUGCGGGAGCUAGUGCAGCUGGAGACAAUGGCGCAGCUGCGGAAACACGCUUGUGGGUUGAUCCUGCCCAGCAUCACCCUCCGCCUCCGACCUAUCCGCCGCCCGCUCUGCCCCACGGCGAUGUCGCGCAGGAGCAGCAACAAUUGCCGUCCCAUUACGGGUACGACCCCAAUCUUCCACACCUACAUCACUCUGCCUUUGAGCCAAAUCAUCAAGGUUUGCACGGCAGCGUCUAUUUUGCCGCGUCUGCGCAGCAUCCGAUUGCCAACGGCGGCUCAGACUACUCGCAGAUGACCCACCCUUUUGUUCCCAACGAUCAGCCCUAUGACCCUCGCAUGCCCAUGCCCUUUGGCCCUUUCGCAGCAGGCUCCAUACCGCCACAAUACGCUUUUCCUCCGUAUCCUCAAAGCAACCCCUAUCCAGGAGGCUACGCAGGGCACCUCAUGGAUCCGAAUGCGAUGGAUGACUCCACUGCGCAGCUGAACCGGAAGCAACGGAAGAAGCUUCUGAAGAACCAGAAGAAGAAAGACAAGAAGCUCAGGGCGCUCUCAGCUACGGCGGCGCCCUUCGAUCCUGCUUCAGCAAACGUCGAGCUCGUCUGGACCGAGGAUGGCAAACCCCAGGCCUUGGCCAUGAUCAGCGAGCUCCAUUCGCGCGGAGUGCCUCCGGCUCGAUUGGCCGAGCAAGGCGUGCCACUUGCGAUGAUCGAAGUGUGCUGCGCCGAGCUCGGAGUGUCGGCACAAGGUGCGGGACAGCCAGAGCAGCCAGCCGAGCCACCAGCGACGGCGCCAAGCGACUCCGAAAGCCAGGGGGCUAAGGAAGUGGUGCAGACGACCAAGGCGGAAAACGAGCUUUUGCAAAAGCAAGAACAGGGCGUGCCACUCACACCGCUGGAAGAAUUGCGACGAAAGGCUCUGGCUUCUCGACUAGCCAAGGCGGCUGCGGCGUCGAGAGCCUUGGCGCAAGAAGGUGCCAACGCCGAGAGCAACGGCAGUGUUCCUUCCUCAGCCGACAUAUCGUCAAAGAAGUCCACUGCCUUUGAUCGCGUCGCCACCUCUGGCGAAGCCGAUGCGCUCGUGUCGCAGAUCAGCGGAGUCCUGCGUGGCCUUCUGCAACCUGCGCAGCCAACGGCAGAACAGUCCAGCACGUCCCGCAAGAGGGCCUACCGAGACAUCGAUGCUGUCGAUCCGAGCGACUCAACCUGGGACGGUGAUCUUUCAGCGCCUGACGCAGCGACUUCGGCCCUGCCGGCUCGAAGGCAACGCAUCUCGUACGCCGACAACUUCAGCCGGGCAGCUGUGGCGCCAUCCGGCGAGGUCGACCUCAGCACCCCACUGCCUGAGCUCCCGGAUACAGCGAAUCUGCCUCAACCACGCCGACAGAGACCUGUAGCAGCCGACUUUGACACGGCCGAGUACGUGCCCAAGCCGCCGAACCGGUUUCUCGACGUGCCGUCGGGCCUCAACACUGUCGUCGACCUGUCCGACGAGGAGCCGGACGACGCCGAGAUGGCGGCGUUCGACUCGGCGGACGGCUGGACCGAGGUGCGACCGGCGCUCGACCCACGCCGCGUGCUCGAGCUGCGCCACCGGACGGCGACUGAGCACUAUGACGUUUUCUGCUCGCUCAACGGUCUAUCGCCCUCGCGUAGGCCGGCCACGCCGCACCGAGACAGCGGCGGCUUUGAAAUCGAGGUUGGUGCGGUGCCGGAGACGCUGGUCGCGCAGAUCGCUGCGUCCGGGACGUCGUCUGGUGGACCCAGCACGCCGUCGCGCGAGGACCUGCUGCGCAAGGAGCUCGAGAUCAAGCAGCUGAUGCGCAAGAUCCAAAUGAUGGAGGAACGCAAGAAGCAGCAAGAGGCAGCAACGGCGCCGCCGAGGUCGCCAGCACAGCGUUCCGGCGCACCAGAAGAAGAGGACGGCGCCGGCUUGCGGCCCGGUGGUGCGAAUGGGAGCCAAUCGGCGGUGCAGCCUGCGGACGAGUCGGAUUCGACUGCAGCGGUGAAGGAAGCGUCGUCACAAAGUGGAAGCACGGCGAGCAGCAGCGUGCGGCUUGAUCCUGCAUUGCAGAAGCAGCGCCAGCAGCUGUUGGCGCUACUCGCGAGCCGGCGCAAGAACGCCAGUGCCGCGGUACCACGCGACGCUGCUUCAACUUCAGAGGCGGCGAAGGAUGGGGGCGUACCAGCGCCAGCUACUGGCAUGGCUGUGAGCGACGCUGGACUGGAGCGGAAGGAGGAGGUGCGUGGAUCGCGCUAUGUGCCGCUGGUUCCGAGUCUGUUUUCCAGUGUGGCGAGUCGGGUGCGUGCGUAUCUGCCUCUGUCUUGGGGUGCGCCAUGUGGUGAUGCGGACAGGUUGGCGAUUCGCUGGUGUCCGCGCGAGGCAGAUGGCGCAGACUGCACAGACACCCGAUGCACCCAACGCCAUGCCAAAGAGUUCAACGCAGAGUGA